CAACUGUUCGUGGAUUUAACUCAAUUAUUAUCCAACCACAAAUCCAUACAGAACUAAGCACAAAAAAAAUAAAAUAAAAUAAAUUCAACAUCUUCAGACAAUUUAGCAGCGGCAGCCAAGCCCUUCUCGAAUUUACUGGCAAGGUCGCGAACUGAGUGAGAGCCGUUUCUGCUGCUGCAACAUCUGUGCAGUCUCGCGCGCAACAACCUUUCUCAUUGAUAGCAUUAAAAAAAAAUCCUAGUAAAAAAUAAACAAGAAUUUUCCAUCCCCAGCCAUCGUUCCCUCAGGCUUUCUGCCAUGGCGAGCAACGUAGCCAGGUCUGCUUCUGAGCCGAUUUCAAGCAACUUGUAAGCCAAAGCUCAUCCAUGGUUUUCAGGACCGGUAUCGAUAACUGAUUCCAGAAUUUCAUUCCAGAUCUAAUAGUCUCAAAACAAAGAAAACGAAAUGCGAACCAAAAUGGCUCUUUGCUUCCCUAGCUGCUUCUUUCAAUAACUAUUUUCUCCAAAUUGUAAAACUUAUCAUCGUUUUUGAUAAAAUGCAAGUCCAAAGACUCUCACUUCCAAACACGCUCUCUCCAUCCAUUUGUUCACACUUUCUCUCACCUGCACGCAAACCAAUGACCAAACUUUUAAUGUGCAAUCCAAAUUUCAUAUCUGGGUUUUGCAAUCCCCUCAAAAGGGUCUCCAAGUCACCAAUUAGUUUGCGAAACAGUGGUGGCUUGGUUGGGAUAAGGUGUGGGGUGGUUGAAGAAGGAAGUCGCAAUGAUGAUGCGGUUUAUAUGAGGAGGUGUGUGGAGAUUGCAAGGAAGGCUAUUGGGUGUACCAGCCCCAAUCCGAUGGUGGGUUGUGUUAUUGUCAAGGAUGGGAAGAUUGUUGGUGAAGGCUUUCAUCCUAAAGCUGGCCAGCCUCAUGCUGAGGUAUUUGCUCUUAGAGAUGCAGGAGAUUUGGCAGAGAAUGCAACAGCAUAUGUAAGCUUAGAGCCAUGUAAUCACUAUGGCAGAACUCCACCAUGUACUGAAGCUCUAAUCAAAGCCAACGUGAAAAGAGUGGUAGUCGGAAUGGUCGAUCCGAAUCCGAUUGUAGCAUCAAAAGGGUUGGAUAAACUGAGAAAUGCAGGAAUUGAAGUUACUGUAGGUAUAGAAGAAGAUCUAUGCAAGAGCUUGAACGAGUCUUUCAUCUGUCAAAUGUUGACGGGGAAGACUUUUCUCACGCUUCGAUACUCCAUCUCAGUCAAUGGUAAAAUUGUAGAUCAGAUUGGCGAAGGAGCUGUGGAGUCCGGUGGGUACUACUCGCGAAUGUUACAGGAAUAUGAUGCUGUUAUAGUAUCUUCCGCCUCAAUAACUGAAAAGUUUUCAAUACCUACUUCCCAAGAACCUGGAGCCAAUCAACCCCUUUGCGUCGUAGCAGCUAGUAAUCAUAGUUCUUCAAUCAAAAUCUCUGAUUUGCCCGCAGAAGCUGCUGCUAGGAUGAUAAUCUUCAGUGACAAAGAGAGUAAACUCGAGCCAAAACUCUCUGAGAAAGGCAUCGAAACCGUAGUCCUGGAUCAGAUAAGUUUAGAUGCUAUUCUCGAAUAUAGUAAGCGCCAAGGAUUUUGCAGUGUCUUGCUGGAUUUAAGGGGGAGUAUAGAUGAUAUUAAAGAGCUACUUCAAGAGGGUAUUGAGAAAAAUUUGUUGCAAAAAAUUGUGGUAGAAGUAGUGCCCAUGUGGGUUGAAGGUGAUAGUAAGAAUUCUUUUUUUGGAUUGAAGAGCUUGGAUAAAGUAAUAGACAUAAAGAACUUGAAGCCUAAAGUCUCAGGUCAGAGUGUUUUGCUGGAGGGAUAUUUUUGAGUGAUUGGAAAAAAGGCGUUUUGGCCAAUUUAUACAACAUUUUCUUUAAGCCAGCUUUGCUUUGUUUAGUUAGCUUUUUUUUUCCUCUCUCUCUAGAAUCAAUUAUCUCUUAUAAUUAGGUGGCGAGUUUCAACAAACAAUC